AUGGGGCGCAAGUUGGACCCGACCCGCAAGGUGAAGCGAGGCCCGGGGCGCAAGGCUCGCAAGCAGCGCGGAGCCGAGGAGGAGCUCGCUCGUUUCCUGCCGCCUGAUUCCUCCGACAGCGCAAAGAAGCUUUCCAGUCAUGCUCGACGAAGAGCUGCAAAGAGACGAAUCAAAUCUACAAAGCCCCAGGCAGAUGCAGAUGGCCCUGAUCUCCAGACAGAGACGCCUUUGUUGAAGGGUGCAAAAGGAAGAGCGGCCUCACAAGAUGGCCGCCAGCGUGGCUUCAGCGAUACCAACGCUUCUUGGCUGACACUUUCGGCCUCAGGAAAAAAGAGACCGAGACCCGAAGAGAGCGAUGAAGAGGACAGCGGGGCACUUGAUGAGAGCGGCGGAGAUGAUGUAAGCGAGGAGGAGAUGGUGGACGACUACGGAGAUCUAUCUUCUGAUGACGAAGAGGAGCUCUUGCCUAUAGAACAAGCUGCCCAGAAAGAGAAGCUGGAGGGCCCGGCCUUCAGCGACGAUGACAGUGGCAGUGAGGAUGAGACGUCGCCACGGAAACGGGACGCAGCGCAGGAGCAAAGCAAGGACACAGACCUGCAGCUCAACGUGGACACAGAGGAGAACUUUGUGCUUCCCAGCGGGCAGGAAAUAGAGAAAGAAGCUGCGCAGCCCCCUGACCUGCAGCUCAUUCAUCAGCGCAUAAAGGACAACAUAGAGGUGCUCCAGGAUUUCGGCGCGAAGCGAGAGGAGGGGCACUCGCGGCAGGAAUAUCUCACCCUUCUGCGCCGGGACCUUGCUGCUUACUACUCUUACAGCGACUUCCUGAUCGAGAAGUUGAUGGAGCUUUUCCCACUGUCCGAGCUGGUUGAUUUCUUGGAGUCCAACGAGGUUCCUCGGCCGGUGACUCUUCGCACCAACACGCUGAAGACCCGGCGGCGCGACCUGGCUCAGGCCCUGAUAAACCGUGGGGUGAAUCUUGACCCGUUAGGAAAGUGGUCCAAAACUGGGCUUGUUGUGUAUGACUCCUCUGUGCCUAUAGGAGCCACCCCAGAAUACUUGGCCGGCCAGUACAUGCUGCAAGGAGCAUGUAGCCUUCUCCCUGUCAUGGCUCUGGCCCCCCAGGAGAACGAGCGCGUCUUGGACAUGUGCUGUGCCCCAGGAGGCAAGACCAGCUACAUAGCCCAGCUGAUGAAGAACACAGGUGUGAUCCUGGCCAAUGACAGCAAUGCCGAGCGUCUGCGCAGUGUGGUGGGCAAUCUGCACCGCUUGGGAGUCACAAACGCUGUUGUGAGCAACUGUGACGGCCGCCAGUUCCCCAAGGUACUGGGCGGCUUUGACAGGGUGCUGCUUGAUGCUCCAUGCAGUGGAACGGGUGUUAUUUCAAAAGACCCCACAGUUAAAACCAAUAAGGAUGAGAAGGACAUUUUGCGCUGUGCCCACCUGCAGAAGGAACUGCUGCUCAGUGCUAUUGACUCGGUUAAUGCCGCCUCAGAAACCGGGGGCUACAUCGUGUAUUGUACGUGUUCAGUCAUGGUGGAGGAAAAUGAAUGGGUCGUCGAUUACGCCCUGAAGAAACGCAAUGUCCGCCUGGUGCCGACAGGGCUGGACUUUGGCAAGGAAGGAUUUACCAGGUUUAGGGAGCGCCGUUUCCACCCUACCUUGAAAUCCACUCGCCGCUUCUACCCUCACACCCACAACAUGGAUGGCUUCUUUGUCGCCAAGCUCAAGAAGUUCUCCAAUGCCAUUCCCAAGCCUCCAAAAGACGAAGAGCCGAGCGGGGAGCCAGCCGUGCAAACAGCAGAAGAGGGAUCUGUUGCAAUACCAGCUGAGCCGCCGGCUAAAGCGGGGAAACGCAUCGAGUCGAAGGCCGUUAAGAAGCAGCCUGCAAAACUGGAACUUUCUGCCAAGGCGCAGCCUGCGAAAGGAGAGUUGAAAGGGGAUGAGCAGAAGAAACGGCUCUCGGUGUCACGGCAAGGCUCCUUCCAGAAGCGGUCCAGGCCCUUGAAGGCUGCUCGGCCCUCUCCGGGAGGUGCGAAAGCUCGGCCAAUCCCCAGCAAGAAGCGCAAGGUGCACCAAAACCACCAAUAGGGAGGAAAUUGCAUUGCUUGGUGCUUCUCUGACAGCUGCCAGACAACGCUAGUAAGACUGGCGGGAGAUCCUCCCCAAGGCACUUUGCCCUGGCAAGACCUGUGCCAGGUUGGCAUUCGGGUACUCUCCUCUGCGCACCGGGGCUGACGUAAAAUAUUUAAUUUACUUUUAGCCCUGUUGGAAGGGCAGAAACUGUCUGAAUUUGUCAGUCAUUAAAAGAUUUUCUACCUGGCCGUG